AUAAAUGUGAACACACAUGCUCUUUCACAGUUGUUGAAUCUUGAGAGUUAGCGAGAGAGACAAAUAUCCAUCCAUCCAUCAAGGAGGCUGCUGAAGGCGAGGGCUCUGACUCCGAGCGUGGAGAUCGACGACGACCGCGCCAUGGCAGGCGCCACCAACGGCGGCAACAACGGCGGCGGCGGCGGCGGGAAGGUGAUCAGCAUGCCGCUGCAGUACUUCUGCGUGCUGGCGGCGGUGGUGGUGUUCGUGAUGGUGCUGUCACUGUCCUUCAUGUCGCCGGCGGCCAUGGUGGCCGUCCGCCAGAACCUCGGCUCCUCCGCGGCGGCCGCCGCCGCCCCUCGCAGCAGCAGCAGCAAUAGCACCAGCAGCGGCGCCGCCGGCCUGGCCGCGGCAUCACCGAAGGAGAAGGAGAAGGAGAAGGAGAAGGAGCAGGAGCAGGCGCGGCGGCCGCCGCCUGUGGUGCUGUUCAACUUCGGCGACUCCAACUCCGACACCGGCGGCGUGGCGGCGGCCAGCGGGAUACGGAUCAUGCCCCCGGAGGGCCGCACCUACUUCCACCGCCCCACGGGCCGGCUCUCCGACGGCCGCGUCAUCAUCGACUUCAUCUGUGAGAGUCUGGGCACGCAUGAGCUGAACCCAUACCUCAAGGGAAUUGGUUCAGACUACAGCAACGGCGUCAACUUCGCCAUGGCGGGCUCCACAGUGACCCACCGCGCCUCUGACUACUCCCUGAACGUCCAGGUCGACCAGUUCGUCUACUUCAGGCACAGAUCCCUUGAGAUGUUUGAACGAGGACUGAAAGGCCCGGUGAGCAAGGAGGGGUUUGAGAACGCUCUGUACAUGAUGGACAUUGGCCACAACGACAUGGUCGGUGUGGCGCACACACCGUCCGAUCAGUGGGACAAGAAGAUCACAGAGAUCGUCGGCGAGGUCAGACAAGCCAUCUCGAUUUUGUAUGACAAUGGAGCGAGGAAGUUCUGGAUCCAUGGCACGGGCGCCCUGGGGUGCCUGCCGGCGCUGGUGGUGCAGGAGAAAGGGGCCGAGAAGGACAAGCACGGCUGCAUCGCCGGCGUCAACAGAGCUGCCAAGGCGUACAACAAGAAGCUCAGCCAGCUCUGUGACGACCUCCGGUUCCACCUCAAGGGCGCCACCGUCGUGUACACCGACAUGUUCGCCAUCAAGUACGACUUCGUCGCCAACCACACCAAAUACGGGAUCGAGUGGCCGUUCAUGGUGUGCUGUGGCAACGGCGGACCGCCGUACAACAUGGAUCAGGGAAAGCCUGGCUGCGGCGACCUGUGCCCGCCGGAGGCGAAGGUGGUGAGCUGGGACGGCGUGCACUUCACGGAUUUCGGCAGCGGCCUUGCUGCCAAGCUUGCCAUGAGUGGGGAGUACUCCAAGCCCAGGGUGAAGCUGGCGAGCUUGAUCCAUGGCGGAUCCAAGAAAGCGUCAGAUUCUUGAUAUGGUUCAUCAUUGAUCGAGUUGUGACCUUUUGGAUCCACAUCUAUAGAAGAUGGAAGAUGGGUAACGGUGAUGAACUGAAGAGACGAUGAAGGUUGUCGUGGUUGGAGGGAGGAGAUGUUGCAUCAGGCUGUUUCUUGACGUCGAUUGACUCCUUGUACACAGAAGUACAGAAGGCAAAGUAGCAAUGGAAAUGAUCACUUGCAAUUGCAAGGUUAAGUUAAUUUUGGUGUCUUCUUUUGGAUUUUGUGGUUGGUGCAGAGUACAAAAGUUUUGUACCUUUGUUGUACGUGUAUAGACUAUUUAUGAUAGUUAUUACAAGCUCCCAAAGGAAAUAUGAUGUGUUUCGUCAUUUCAUUC